AUGUCAGAAUCUUACGUGUUUCAACCAACGGAGAUCGUCCUUGCAAAAGUCAAGGGCUAUUCAGCUUGGCCAUCAAUGAUCAUUCCAGAGGAAAUUAUUCCUGCAAAUGUCAUGAAAUCAGAACAUAUGAAUUCAGAUGGUGAUGAUGGUGACUCAGAGUCCGAUAUUGAUACUACUGAUACCGACAAGUACAUUGUUUAUUCAGAUAUUCUUUCUUUUAAAAAGUUUACUAAACCAAAUGAUUCAUAUUGUGUGAAAUUCUUUUGUGAUGAUUCAUAUAUUUGGGUCAAACAUCAUGAUUUAUCUAUACUCACAAUUGAAGAAUGUCAAGAUUGGUUAAACUCUACUAUAAGGAAAAAUAAGAAAUUGAUUCCUGCUUAUGAAAUGGCCCUUAAUGGAUUGGUCACUAAAAAUGGAAUUGAUGUUUGGGAGUUUGUUGAAUAUGGUUCGAUGGGUAAAGCCAAAAAUGAUGAAGAGUACGUAGAGGAUGGUGACGAUAAUGAUGAAACCAAUGGAUCACGUAGAAGCAAAAGGACAAAAAGGGCAACUAGAUCCUCCAGCAGACAAAGAACCAAAAGACAGCAAGAAAAUGAGGAAGUUGAAAAUAUAUCAGCAUCAAAGAGAACAAGGAGUAGAAGAUCUGUAAAAUCUGAAUCAACUUCAAAGAAUGAAGUUGCUCGACCAGCUCCAAAAAAGGCAAAAGCUUCGACAGCAAAAACUAAAUCGGCUAUAACUUCAAAAGUAACACCAAACUUGAAAUCGAAAAAGAAAAGUGAACCAAAGCCUGUGCUCUUUAAUUAUGAUGAUGACGAAGAUUGGAGUGUUGUUGGGUUAGGACCCCAGGACUUAUCUGUGAAUAAGCGUGUGAGUCCUUUGGUUAAAAAACUUUCACAAAAGAAAAAUAUUGAUAAGCAUAAUGAUUUGAAAUUAGAUAUACAGGAUAGAAUAGGAUCAGUAAAUAGUCUACUAUCAAACAUCUUUACAUCUUCAUUCGAAGAAGAACACAAUACAAAGAAAAAUGAUCUAGAAAUUAUAUUAGAUGAAUUAGAUAUUGCAAUUGGAAUGAGAGGACCUCAUAACGAGUUUAUAUCGGCAUUCAUAUCAAAUAGUGAAUUGUUGUUCAAUUUUAGAUUGUUGUUUAAUCUCAAAGGUCAGGAUUUGAAAAAUUGGUCUUUAUGGAAUGGGUUUCAAAGAAUUUUCAGGCAAAUAUAUGAACAUGAAUUUUUAUCCGAUAGCAAAGCUUGGUCCCUCCAUCCUGAAAACAAAGAAAUGAAUGAAAUACCUGACGUCGAUUCUAAUUUGAAGGUGGAGUAG